GCCGGAUGAUGCGAUUACCGAGAAGGCUAGCGUUAGCAUGAUAACCCCUAUGUGAUGUCAGAUAGCAUAAUGAGCGUUUAUGUCUUGUCUUCUUUUGUACAUACAGCUGCCUCGUGUUGAUUAUAAUAGUGAAUGUGAAUGUUGAAGUUCGGGCGAUCUGUUAAAUUGGCAAAGAAAAAAAAAAAUAGCUUCAGCUAACUGCUAGUUGCUAACACAAGCUAACUUAAGGUAUUGAAACUGAGGGUAGCGGCUAGCAAAGUGUUAGCAAAGAUAAAAAAAAAAAAAACAGGGUGACAGGUGGCGCAUUAUCAUUUACUAAUGUUUACUUUGUAUUGGAGGUGUGGUAAACAACCGGUUUUGUUGAUUUUACACCGAAAUACUGGACUUCGUAUGAGUUGCUGUGCUGUCAGGGAUUGUUUAUUUAAAUGAGAUCUAUUAACCCUCACUGGUGAAGUAACAGAUGAAACCUGUGUACAGAUAAUCUCUUUCUUUGUCCAGCACAGACAUACCAAUCUAUGUAUCCACCUACAGGCUGUUAUGGAGCCCCACCUCAACAUCAGAGCUAUCCCACCAUCCCUGCCCACUCCACUCCAGCUCCCAGUAAAGCAUCUAUGACGAACAGUGUCCACAGUGCUAACUACUACCAGAGCAACCAUCAGCAGCAGCAGCAGCAGCAGCGUCCUGUCCCUCAGCAUCAUGUAGCACCAUCCCCAUACAGUGCUCCUCCUUCUCAGCCAGUCCCCUCUUCAGGACCUGUACCACCACAUGCCCAGUACAACCAGCAGCUGCAGCAUCCACCAUAUGCUACUCCAGGAUCCUAUUAUGGUCCGCAGUCAUACCACCCUCCCCCAGCACAACACACCUCUCAGCAGCAGCAGCAGCAGCAGCAGCAGCAGCCCACUUUGGUGCCUGCUCCAGCUAGCGGCCCUGGAGCUCCCCUCCACCCAAUUGUCUCUUACCCCUCCGCGCCAGGAAAUAGCCAAUACGGCACCCUGAGUUCCUCCCAGAACAACACCACACCAGGAGUCUUGCCUACCCAGAUGGGUGCACCCCUACACCAGUACAGCACCUCUCGGCCAGCCUCAACAACAGCUGCACAGCCUGGGUACGGUGUGGCCCCUCCUAGUCAGCUUGUGCCGACAGUCAAUGGUCAAGGAAGCACAGUCCACCAACACUAUGACCGAAGCUGUCAGUCGUCCCUGAGCUACAACACCUACAGCGGCGCUGAAGCAGACCAACUGCCCUCAGGGACUCCCUCCACUUCAGUCCAUUCCUCACCAGGCCACCAUCAAGGCGUGCCGUACGGAUAUGUUGCUAAUAGUGGAGCUAGCUCUGCCCCUGCCACCACCGCAGCCCCCUCGUCAUCCAGCUCUGAUGAUGACGAUGAUGAGGAGGAGGAGGAUGAGGAAGCAGGUGGUGACACCUCCUCUUCAUCUACUGGCAGUGCCUCUCCGGUGCCCAACAGCUACGAUUCCCUGGAAGGAGGCAACUUUCCUGAUUCCAUGCCGCCUUCAAACGAUAUGACCAACCAGGCUGCGCCCUACGGUAGCUAUGGUUACCCCAACAUGCAGCAGGGCUAUCAUCAGGGACCAGCCUCCCACGCUGACUCCUCCCCCUCUCAUGACCCGUACGGACAGUCGAGCUACCAGCAGUACUCCCAGCCCUUUCCAAACCUGUCUCAGCUGUCUGCGGCUCUGGGGGGGCUGAGUGGGGUGCCAGAGCUGGAGGUGGAGGCCCUGACGCCGAUCAAUCUCCUACAGGAGAGAAGCCUGCUGCCACCCAGACCCCUUGAAGCCCCCGAACCCAACCUCAGCCCUGAACUCAAAAAGGUCAACUGUAGUCCACAGACAUUUAGGUGUACCCUGACCAGCAUCCCACAGACCCAGACUCUACUCAACAAGGCCAGGCUCCCUCUGGGACUCCUCCUGCACCCCUUCAGAGACUUGCAGCAGCUACCGGUGAUCACGUCGAACACAAUAGUGCGCUGUCGCUCAUGUCGAACCUACAUCAACCCGUUUGUCACCUUCCUGGACCAACGCAGAUGGAAGUGCAACCUCUGUUACCGAGUCAAUGAUGUUCCAGAUGAGUUUAUGUACAACCCGGUCACCAGGUCAUACGGCGAGCCCCACAAGAGACCAGAGGUCCAAAACGCCACAGUGGAGUUCAUCGCCUCCUCAGAUUAUAUGGUGGGCACAAAAAGACUCCCGGUGAAUGAUAACUCCACUACAAACCAGUUGCGGCCCCCUCAGCCAGCAGCCUACCUGUUUGUUCUCGAUGUGUCUCAUAACGCUGUGGAAUCCGGCUACCUGAAGUACUUCUGUGACUCUCUGAUGGAAAACCUGGAUAAGUUGCCCGGAGAUUCACGUACCAGGGUGGGCUUCCUCACCUUCGACAACACGAUCCACUUCUACAACCUGCAGGAGGGUCUGUCCCAGCCGCAGAUGCUGGUGGUGUCGGACAUAGACGACGUGUUCAUACCGUCUAAUGACAGUCUGAUGGUGAACCUAAAGGAAAGCAAAGAGCUGGUGAAGGAUCUGCUGACGUCGCUGCCGGCCAUGUUCAGCCAGAGCAGAGAGACCCAAAGCGCCCUUGGCCCGGCCUUACAAGCUGCAUUCAAGCUCAUGUCCCCGACGGGGGGGCGCAUCACCGUGUUUCAGACCCAGCUGCCAACGCUGGGUGCUGGUGCGCUGCAGUCGAGGGAAGACCCCAACCAGCGCUCAAGCAAUAAGGGAGUUCAACACCUCGGCCCGGCCACAGACUUCUACAAGAAACUUGCACUGGACUGCUCGGGUCAACAGAUCGGUGUGGAUCUCUUCCUGCUCAGCUCUCAGUACACUGACCUAGCCUCAAUAUCGUGUAUCUCCAAGUAUUCCGCCGGCAGCAUCUUUUAUUACCCCUCCUUCCAUUUCAUCCACAACCCGGCUCAAUUAGAGAAGUUCCAGAGGGAUCUGGAUCGAUACCUCUCCAGGAAGAUCGGAUUUGAGGCAGUCAUGAGGAUACGAUGCACUAAAGGUUUAUCCAUCCACACGUUUCACGGUAACUUCUUUGUGCGAUCUACUGACCUGCUGUCCCUCGCCAAUGUGAACCCAGACUCUGCCUUCGCUGUCCAGAUGUCGAUUGAAGACUCUCUGGCAGACUCGUCUCUGGCCUGCUUCCAGGCCGCCCUGCUCUACACGUCGAGUAAAGGAAAAAGGAGAAUCCGGGUCCACACGCUGUGUCUACCUGUGGUCAACCAGCUCAGUGAUGUGUAUGCUGGAGCUGAUGUUCAGGCCAUCACCUGUCUGCUAGCUAACAUGGCAAUCGAUCGGUCGAUAACGUCCAGCCUGUCGGACGCUCGCGACGCGCUGGUGAACGCGGUUGUGGAUUUCGCGAGCGCCUACAAGAGCAACGUGUCGAACCUGCAGCAGUCCGGCCUGGUCGUCCCUGCUGCCAUGUGCCUCUUCCCCAUUUACAUCCUCGCCCUGCUCAAACAGAAAGCGCUGCGGACGGGCACCAGCACGCGGCUGGAUGAGCGGGUCUUUGCCAUGUGUGAGUUCAAGACCCAGCCGCUGGAGCAGCUGAUGAGAAUGGUUCAUCCUGAUCUGUACCGGCUGGACAACAUGUCUGACCAGGGGGCGCUCCAUCUGAACGACACGGUGGUUCCCCAGCCUCACCUGCUCCACCUGUCAGCUGAGAAUAUAAGCAGAGACGGAGCCUUCCUUCUGGACUGUGGCUACGUGUUUUACCUGUGGAUCGGCAAAUGCUGCAACGACAUGUUUAUACGAGAUGUUCUGGGCUGCACCAACUUCGCCUCCAUACCCCCCAACAUGAGUCACAUUCCUGAGCUGGAGACUCCUCUGUCUCAGAGAGUACGAGCGCUCCUCGACUGGCUGCAGGACAACCGAGCGUUCAGCUCCAUGAUGCACGUCAUCAAGGACGAUGCUUCGACUAAAGUCACUUUCUUUCAGCACAUGGUGGAGGAUCGAUCUGAGUCGGCUUCUUCUUACCAUGAAUUCCUGCAGCAAGUUCAGCAGCAGAUGUCCAAGUAGGCUCUGAUCACACAGAGACAGACUUUGAGUGUUCAAAGCAGAGCGAGAAAAAAGGAUUUCAGUGUCAUAGAGUCAAAACUAGCGUUAGCUAAUGGACAUCCAAACAUCGCUCCUGUCAGUCUGGUGAUAUGGAGGAGGGUUUCCUCCUCACUGUGACAAAUCCACUCAUCGGUCAGCCGGGAUUAGAGCAUCAGAAGGAUCAGAUGUAGAAAAGAGUAAAGAAUUAUAGAAAAAUACAUAAAUGAAGAAUGAAGGAUUUGUUCUACUUUGAAACAAAAAAAAGCUCCUCCAGCCUCUCGUUACAUCAUCGCUCCUGAGAAAACUAGUAGGGGGAAAGUCGAGCCAAGAAGAUGCCACUUCAGCACGUUUUAGUUUUUCUUUUCGUGAGCCUCACAUGUAGCUCGUGCCGUCAUUUUUUUUAUUUUAUUAUUGUUAUUUUCUAAUUUAUUCCCUUCUCUAUGCUCCUUCAGUUUCCUUUGAAGACUCUUUUGAAUACACUGGAGAACAGAAACAAGCAUUCCUUCUCUUGUUUUUCGGCAUGUGCUUUGAAGUCGCAUGCCACUGUUUUGUUUGCCACUAGUCUGAGGGAAGAUGAGAACCACCAACCAGUCUGUGUAACGGGAUCCUAACUCGACAGUGUUUGGAUGUUUUAACCCCCCCCCACCCCCAUUGUGUUGACUCCCUCUUUUCUCCUCUGGUCGUCAACUCCUGAUUUGUCAAAACUUCAACCCCCCCCUUCGCUCCCAAACUGUCAAAAAAUCUUCUUGUCAUUUGUUUUAUUUUUCUCCAGGCGCUAACUCAAGUUGCUUUCCACUUUGUAACUAUUGAAAAGAAUCUUUUAUGUGCGAUAAUUUAUGAACCAGCUUGUUAAAUAAAAACAAAAAAAUGA